AUGAAGCUAGUUUGGUCGCCGGAAACGGCGUCGAAAGCCUACAUCGACACCGUUAAACGGGCGCGUGGAGGUCAGAAUCCCGGCGAUGCGGAGUUUUUGGCCGCCAUGGCCGCCGGCUACAACGUGAAGCUUAUAGUGGAGGUGCGGCGGAGUAACGGCGGCGGAAUAGGUACGAGUUUAGGGCUGGCGGUGGCGGCGGGGCACACCGGCGGGCGCCACGUGUGCGUGGUGGCGGAUGAGGCAGCGAGGCGGGAAUAUAUUAGCGCCAUGCAAGAAGCUGACGUGGCGUUGCCGGAGAUCGUGGUGGUGGGGGAGGCGGAGCGGGUGGUUGAGGGGCUAGAAGCGGUGGAUUUCCUGGUGGUUCAAGGGCGGAGCGGCGGCGGCGAGAUUUUCCGGCGAGCUAAGCUGAGCCGGCGCGGGGCGGUUUUGGUGUACAAAGGCGGGAGUAAAACGGCAACGGCGGCGGCGAGUUCGAGAUUUUGUUGGGGCGGAACUGUGGACGGCAGUAACCUGCGAAUCGUGAAAUCGGUGAGCCUUCCGUUGGAGAACGGAUUGGAGAUCGCUUAUGUCGGCGUGAAUGAUGGGAAAACAUUAAAAUCUCCGAAACGUUGGAUUAGGCGCAUUGAUCUGCAGUCCGGUGAGGAGCAUGUGUUUCGACGAUGA